UUUUUUCUGAUUUCGUGCGUAAAUUGGAAAUGUGUGAGAAUUUAUUAUUAAAAAUAUGUAACAACACCUGGAAUAAAGUGAAUGCUUUUCUUUGGAAAUAAAUGAAACAAAUGCAAAUUUAAUGAAUGUAAUAUUAUAGGAUAAUAAAGUGAAAAAUGAUAAUUGUUUUUAGAAGAAGAGUGUGAAACGAGACUUUUUAGUGAAAUGAAGAAUUUUUUAAGAAUAUUUUGUGUGGUUUUUGCGUGCGAACAUAUUUUUAUUGCAUCAGCCGACGCCGCCGAAAAUCCAGGACCAACGAUAUUAAAUUCAAUUAAUAAUAUUGAUAUCGCCGAUGAAUUGAGCAAUGCAAGAAAGGACUGUACAGAUGUGGCUCGUGAUGAAGAAACGCUAAUGGUAUUCUCAACAUUAGGAGGCGGUCUAACAGCAAUCGAUCCGAUAACAAGUGAAAUACGUUGGAUUAUUGCUGAUGAUCCACCUGUUGUGGCCGAACAGCAGCAGAAUGUUCAUGUGCCUCAAUAUUUACCGGAUCCCCGCGAUGGAAGUAUUUAUCAAUUAAGUGAUAGGGGAAAUUUGAAAAAGUUGCCUUAUACAAUACCUCAGUUAGUGGCCAACGCUCCAUGUCGAUCUUCGGAUGGGAUUUUGUAUUCCGGUAAGAAAAGUGAUACGUGGUUCAUAGUGGAUCCGAAAACGGGACGACGUGAAAAGGUGAAUUUUGAAGAUUCGGUAAGUGGUGGUAAAAAUAGCAUUGGUUGGGCUACUUCGCGAUCCAUCUACUUGGGCCGUACACAGUAUACUGUGAUGAUGUAUGAUAGCUUAGCCAAAGAUAAGAACGCGAAGCCGUGGAAUAUUACGUUUUAUGAUUACAGCGCAAUGGCCACAACUCCCGAUAUAUCGAAAGAUUACGAGUAUUUGCAUCUAACUACUACUUCAAGCGGUAAUAUAUUGACGUUGAACCGCAAAGAUGGAAAAUUUAUGUGGAAAAAUGAUUUGACAAGUCCUGUUGUGGCGGCUUUUCUAUUAGGUUCAGAAGGAUUGCUGAGCAUACCAUUUACGACGGUGUCUGAGGAGGCUUUCGAAGCUAUCUUAGAAGAAUCGAAAGAAGGAAAUGUUAACACAAUUAAGUUAUUUCAAACGUUAUAUGUGGGUGAAUGUCGCCAUGGUUUAUAUGCGCUGCCAUCAUUGGUCGAUAAGAGUACACCGAGAAUUUCAACAGCACCGGCCAUAAAAUUAUUGGACGGUCCUCAUUCAAACGCAAAAGAUGACAAUUCGAAAACGGUUUAUGUUAAUGAAGUAUUUGAAAAAAAUGCUGGAAUAUUAUUAGGUCACUAUAAUGCGCCUAACGAUGUUACAUUGCAAAUUGCUCCUUCGAAAACCGUUGAUAACGAUAACAUCGAUCGCGGAUUGGCAACAAUUAACGCAGCUCUGAAUGGGCCUGGUCUUAGUAUUCUCUCAUCGGAUAAAGAGAAGCAAUCCUCUGACGUAGGCGUUCAAACAGAUCCUGUUAUUGAUAUGGAAAUCGAAUCAACGAAUUCAAAUAAAUCAAAUGAAAAUAAUGCAUUCAAGAAAACUAAAAAAAUUAUUUUAUUAAACAGCGGCAAAGUGCAACGUUUUCUAAAUGAAUGGUUUAUGGAACAUCCUAGCGGACAAGUCCAUCAAAUUCUAUUUGUAAUUAUACUCUUGAUGGCGGCUAUGUUUUGGUAUAUGCGCAGUUUAACGCGUGAGCUAAAAAAUCAAAGCGAGAAUGCUUCGAAGACGUAUGAAAACAGCAGCGGAAACAGCAAGGGUAGCAAUGGCAGCAAUGUCAGCACUCAGGAGCAGCCGGCCGAUUUGGGCAAUGGUUACGUUCGCAUCGGCAAGAUAUCCUUUAAUUCCAAUGAAGUAUUGGGUAAAGGCUGCGAAGGUACUUUCGUUUUCAGGGGAACAUUUGAAGAACGUUUUGUGGCUGUUAAACGUUUAUUGCCUGAAUGUUUCACCUUCGCCGAUCGGGAAGUCGCAUUAUUGCGUGAAAGUGAUGCUCACGAGAACGUAGUGCGUUACUUUUGCACCGAAGAGGAUCGACAAUUUCGUUACAUAGCAGUAGAAUUAUGUGCUGCCACUUUACAAGAUUACACGGAAGGUGAACGUUCUUCUGAACUACGGGCUCAAAUCGCUGUUUGGGAGGUGUUAAAACAAUCGGCAGAGGGUCUAAAUCAUUUACAUUCCUUGAGCAUAGUUCAUCGUGACAUUAAGCCGCAUAAUGUUUUAUUAUCAUAUCCCGACAUCAAUGGUAUCGUACGUGUUAUGAUUUCUGACUUUGGUUUAUGUAAGAAAUUGCAUCACGGCAAGACCAGUUUUUCUAAACGAUCUGGAGUAACGGGCACAGAGGGUUGGAUAGCUCCCGAAAUGAUGAGAGGACAGAGAACAACUACAUCAGUCGAUAUAUUUUCAUUGGGUUGUGUCUAUUAUUAUGUGCUCAGUAAGGGUUAUCACGUUUUCGGCGACGCUUUAAAACGUCAAGCCAACAUAUUAACUUAUGACUUCAAUAUUUGCCAUUUGAAAGCGGAAACAAAAGAAGAACAAAGCAAAAUGAUUUUAGCUGGACAACUUAUUGUCGAUAUGAUACAUAAAGAACCGCAAAGUCGUCCGUCGGCCAAUUGCAUUCGUAAUCAUCCGGUAUUUUGGAAUAAUCAAACAAUUUUAGCAUUUUUUCAAGAUGUCAGUGAUCGAGUCGAAAAAUUGCAAUUUGAUAUCGAACCCUUAAAAUCGUUAGAGAGAAAUGGUAGCUUUGUAGUAUUGGGUGAUUGGCAUUUGCAUUUGGAUUCAGUGAUUACGAUUGAUUUGCGCAAAUAUCGCGGUUACAUGGGAGCCAGUGUUCGCGAUCUAUUAAGAGCCCUUAGGAAUAAAAAACAUCAUUAUCACGAGUUGAGCGUUGAGAUGCAACAACUACUUGGUACAAUUCCGAAUGAAUUCACAACCUAUUGGAUAAGUAAAUUUCCGAAUUUAGUUUCGCACACUUAUCAUGCAUUCAGUGUUUGCUCUAAUGAGCCAAUAUUUCGACCAUAUUACAAUUCAUCGUAUCAUUUUACACGACCGGAAUAUUUUGAAGCGGAUGAUGAACUUUAUCCGAUUUUGUUAAAACGUGAUCCGAAACCGUUGCCCAAGCAGAGUCCAAGUAAUAGCAAUUCUAAGAAAACAUUUCAACAUUUAAAAUUGCGUAAAGGUGCCUACAAUUUCCAUAAACAAAUCCCUGAUGAAGAUUUUCAAAUGGAAGAAGAAGAUAUUGCUGAAAAUCGUAAUAAAUUUUCAAAUUUUAAAUUUAGGCGAUUUUCGAAAAUAUCAAAUCGUCAUUCCCACAAUUCAAGUCAAGGUAGUAGUAACAUAUGUCAGCAGACAAAGGAUGGCGUUUUAAUCAGUACGCCCAAAGAAAAUGAUUAGUAUUUCUAUAUAUAAUUUUUCUUUUCGUUUUUUUUUUAAAACGAUUCUGGGCAGUUCCUACCUUUUAACGCAACUGUAUGCCCUGUAUGCCACGUUCUUAGUAUAUAUUGGAGUAUGUGUAAACAUUGGCUUUUCAUUUCUAAAAUUUAAGUGUAUAUAAUAUUGAAUGAAUUUAAUUUGCUUGGAUUUAUGUAAAUAUAACGGCUUUCCUGAAGCUUCAUUUUAGGUUUAGAUUUAUAUUAAUAUAUAUGAAAGAAGAUGCAUACUAGGAAGGCCAUAAAUUUUGGUCAUGCAUCUAAAAAAUUGCCUGUGAUAAUUAUAUAUAUAUAUAUAUAUAUAUAUAGAAGUGUAAUUUCUAAAUGUCUCUCCUUCCUUAUUAGUAAACGUGAAUUCAAACGAAUCUAGACGUUCCAAAAUCUAUAUUUUUAUUAUAAUAGUAAAUAUAUUUCUAUAUUUAUGUGUAAUUAUAGAAACAAUUCUUUUUUAAUUUGGAAAUUUUUAACUUAUGAUUGCUUUUACCAUUUAUAAUUGGAACUGCUCUCUCUCUCUCUUAACAAUGUUAACAUUAUUAAAUAUGUUUUAUUUUCGCGUAGUAAACAUUGUAACCUUUUUAUUGUAAUUU